GGCACGACCGGUUUGUUAUAUUUACAGUCGUAUUCGAUAUACGGCGGAUUCACGUCACAUACGCCAUCUUGUUUAGUGAAAACUUCACAGGGAAAAUCUCGAGCCCGAAAAUGGCCUCCAAAGAUGCGGCCCUCAAUCAGCUGAUGGAUUACAAACAGAAGAACUCGUCGCCGGUGGCCACGACAGGAACCGGCGCCCCGACGAUCGUGAAAGACGCGACCCAAAGCGUGGGCCCCCGCGGCCCCGUGCUCCUACAGGACGUCCACUUCAUCGAGGAAAUGGCCCACUUCAACCGGGAACGAAUCCCGGAGCGGGUGGUGCACGCGAAGGGCGCAGGAGCGUUCGGCUACUUCGAGGUCACCCACGACAUCACGAAGUACUGCGGGGCCAAAGUGUUCGAUACCGUCGGCAAAAAGACCCCGAUCGCCGUGAGGUUCUCCACGGUGGGGGGCGAGUCUGGGUCAGCGGACACAGCGAGAGACCCACGAGGGUUUGCAGUGAAAUUCUACACGGAGGAUGGCAUCUGGGACCUGGUGGGGAACAACACUCCCGUUUUCUUCAUCAGGGACCCCAUUUUGUUUGCGAGCUUCAUUCACACGCAGAAGAGGAACCCCCAGACCCACCUGAAGGACCCCAACAUGUUUUGGGACUUCCACACCCUGCGUCCCGAGAGUAUUCAUCAGUUCAUGAUUCUGUUCUCCGAUAGAGGCAUCCCCGAUGGUUAUAGGCACAUGAAUGGUUACGGUUCUCACACGUUCAAGCUGGUUAACAGUAAAGGGGAGUAUCAUUAUUGCAAGUUCCACUACAAAACAGCCCAAGGGAUCAAGAAUAUUCCUGCUGACAAGGCGGCCGAGCUGGCUGGCACUGAUCCAGACUACGCUAUUAAGGAUCUCUUCAAUGCCAUCGCCAACGGAAACUAUCCGACGUACAACAUGUCCAUUCAGAUAAUGACUCCGGAGCAGGCGAAACAAACGAAAUUCAACCCGUUCGACGUGACGAAGGUGUGGCCCCACUCCGAGUACCCCCUGAUCCCCGUGGGCAAGCUGGUGUUCAACCGGAACCCCGAAAACUACUUCGCGGAGGUGGAGCAGAUAGCGCUGAACCCCGGACACAUGGUGCCGGGAAUCCAGCCUUCUCCAGACAGGAUGUUGCAAGGGCGCCUGUUCACUUACGGGGACACCCACCGGUACCGUUUGGGGGCCAACCACCUGCAGAUCCCCGUAAACUGCCCCUUCAAGGUGAAGAACUUCCAAAGGGACGGUUUCAUGUGCCUGAACAACCAAGGGAACGCCCCCAAUUACCACCCGAACAGUUUCUCUGGACCGCAGGUGGAUCCCAAGGUGAAGGCGUUCUACCCGCCCGAGCCUUUGACGGGUGACAUUGACAGGUACGACGACCCGAUCACGGAUGUCGAUUUCGAGCAGCCGAGGAUCUUCUGGCUGAAGGUGCUGGACGAGGGGGCCAAGGAGAGGCUGAUCGCGAACAUGGUGGCAGGGUUGAAGGAGGCCCACGGGUUUAUCCAGGAGAGGGCGGUUAAGCUGUACACCAGGGUGCACCCCACCAUGGGGGCCAAGCUAGCUGAAGGGUUGAAACUGGCCGAACGCACCAAGGCCAACUUAUAAGUUAAUUAUUUUUUUUCUGUGUAUUUGUUGAUGUUUAUUGUUGAUUUUUUUGGGUAUGAAAGUGUUUUUUGCAAAUAAAUGGAGUUUUAUUAUGAA